AUGGCUUCCCGCAAGAUCCUUGUUUUACCAGGCGACGGUGUUGGCCCCGAGAUCAUCGCCGAGGCUGUCAAGGUCCUCGAGGUGAUCCAAAAGUCCUCUGGUGUUAAAUUUGAGAUCCGCUCGGAGUUGAUGGGCGGAUGCAGUAUUGACAAGCACGGCGUAGCCCUGACCCAAGAAGUCCUGGACGAGGCCAAGGCAAGCGAUGCGGUCUUGUUCGGUUCAGUCGGUGGGCCUAAGUGGGGUGCUGGCAAAGUGCGACCUGAACAGGGCGUCCUAGCCUUACGCCACGGACUGAACGCCUUUGCGAAUCUGCGCCCAUGCAAGUUUGCGAGCAAGUCUCUUGUCGACCGAGGCCCUAUCCGACCCGAGCUCACAGAAGGAACCGACUUUAUCCUUGUGCGAGAAAACUGCGGAGGUGCUUAUUUCGGAGACAAGACUGAAGAGGAGGAUUUUGCAUCGGACGCCUGGGCGUACUCUCGGGCAGAAAUUGAGCGGGUUGCAAAGGUCGCUGCUGACUUGGCUAUGGAGACGGAGCCGCCUCAGCAAGUCAUCUCGUGUGACAAGGCCAAUGUCCUUGCUGUUAGUCGACUUUGGCGUCGAGCCGUGACGGAAUUUUUCGCGAGGGAGUAUCCGCAGAUCAAACUUUCUCACCAGCUUGCUGAUAGCGCUGCCAUGCUUAUGGUCAAAGAUCCUCGCUCAUUCAACGGAGUGGUGCUCAUGGAUAACACGUUCGGCGACAUCCUGUCAGAUGUGAGCAGCGUGGUCCCGGGAUCGCUAGGCCUGCUCCCAUCAGCGUCGAUCUCAAGCACCACCCCUGGCUCUGGAGGAAUCGGUCUCUACGAGCCUAUCCACGGAAGCGCGCCCGAUAUCGCGGGCAAGGGGAUCGCCAACCCAGUUGCCACUAUUCUUGCAGCGGCAAUGAUGCUCAGGUACUCAUUUGGAAUGGUUGAUGAGGCAAAGGCCAUUGAUAAAGCAGUCGAAAAGGUCUUGGACUCUAGGGAUAUUGGCGGACACGAGAUACGGACCCCUGACCUGGGCGGGAGUGCAACAACAGUUGAAGUCGGCAAUGCAAUUUGUAGACAACUUGAGAGCUUGUUGAAGUAA